AAAGCGUCACACCCUCCAGUUCCACCUGGUCGGUUUUGGCUCCACCCCAUUAAGCGUUACUAUGACAACGAGCCCAACACACGGAAGCUGAACACAUUUAAAUCACAGACUUAGGUCUGGACACCAUGCCAAAAUUCCGUGAACUAGAAGCUCUUCAUCCUCCUCCUCUUCAUCCUCCUCUUCAUCCUCCUCCUCUUCUGUUGGCCAACAGAUACUUGAUUCAUAAGAGACUCGGUAGAGGAAGUUUCGGCACUGUUUAUCUCAUUGAAGACACAAAAACGUCCAGAGACAAACUUAAAGUUCUGAAGGAGAUCCCGGUUGGAGGUUUGAAGCCGGAUGAGACGGUGAAGGCCACACAGGAAGCUCAGCUCCUCUCGCAGCUCCAUCAUCCAGCUAUCCUCAGGUUCUACACCAGCUUCCUGGAGAGAGACUCGUUCUGCAUAGUCACCGAAUUCUGUGAGGACGGGGAUUUGGAGUGUACGCUGGAGCGCUUGCGAGUCUCAGGAGAAGCUCUGUGUGAGUCUCAGAUCAGGGAGUGGCUCGUUCAGAUGCUGCUGGGAGUCGACUACAUGCACGAAAGGCGGAUUCUACACCGAGAUCUGAAAACCAAGAACGUGUUCCUGAAGCAGAACGUCGUAAAGAUCGGUGACUUUGGUGUCUCGUGUCUGCUGAUGGGGUCAUGUGACCUCGCCACUACCUUCACAGGAACUCCAUACUACAUGAGUCCUGAGGCUCUCGGUCACCAAGGUUACGACUCCAAAUCAGACGUGUGGUCUUUAGGCUGUAUCCUGUAUGAGAUGUGCUGUUUGAAACAUGCCUUUGAGGGACAAAACUUCCUGUCUGUGGUGCAGAAGAUCAUGGAGAGUUCCACACCAUCCCUGCCGGAGAAAUACUCACCAGAGCUCAACUCCUUAAUGCAGAAGAUGUUAGUGAGAUCUCCAUCUCUGAGGGUUUCUGCAGCUGAAGCUCUGAGCACUGACGUUAUUAAGGAGCUCACUCAGAAUCUGAAGCAGCGGCUCUCAGAGGAGACGGCGGUGGACGACAGAGGCGUGUCCCACAUCGCCAGUGUGCUGCAGAAGAAAGUGCACCUACAGACACUGAGGGAAAGGUCAGAGGUCGAGAAGAUGAGUCCAAGAGAGCGGAUGAGGCUGAGGAAGCAGCAGGCCGCAGACGAGCGAGCCAGAAAGCUGAAGCAUAUUGUGGAGGAGAAAUAUAAAGAAAAUCAGCAGCGCAUGAUGGAGCUCCGGUGCAAAAACUUCCAAAGACUCAGCAUCAACGUUCUCACUGAGAAAGCUGAGGACACAGUGAGACAGAUUCAGCCAAUCAGACAACAGAAGGUUUCCCUGAGCAGCCGUCCUGGACCAAUGGCAGAGCAGCUCACUGAGCACGACAUCCCUGAGGACCCUCAGGCUGCAGAAGUGUAUUAUUCUGAAGAUGGAUUUGAGUCGUGUUCAGAUGAAGAUGAUUUUUGCUCUGAUGCUCCCACACAGGACAGUGACCUGGAGGCUGUGCUGCGACACAUGGAGGAUGUUCUGCAGGAGAAAACCACGGCAGGUGAAGAGCACAGAGGCGUGUCUCACUCAGGUCUGCACACAGCAAUCAACAGCAACAUGGAUUCAAUCCAAAACACGAGGGGAGAUUCAUCUAAAACCUCUCUAAUUUCACAUCAAGAACAUCUGACCAUCUGAACAUCUGCACACUCCGAGGCUCUCAUGCUGGGGUUAUCUACUCAUCACUAACAUCACAUUGUGACAUUUAAGAAGCUGCUAAACAUUGAAGCCGUAGCGGCGAUCAGUGGGUUUUGUUUUCUGUCUGUGAAGCUCAACGUUCUGCUUCCUUAAAAUCUACAAAGCAGAAAAAAAUGUCUGAAGAAAUAAAUUGAAUUUCUGUGAAACCUUUAAUCCAUCCAAAAGUUUCUGAUCUGCUCCUCGAGGUCGUCUGUGCUGAGCUAAUGCAAAAGUUUCGCUCUGUGGCUCUGACUUAUUGAGUUUUGUUUGUCACAUUCUGCUAACGAGUUAAAAUAAAAGUUAAGUUCUUAAUCAA